AUGAAAAUUAUCGAUUCAAGAACCAAUUCGUUGCUACAAAGAAGGAGGGCCCUGAAUCCCUAUAACGACAAGAAAGAAGAAUACUGUUCUUAUGAAUUGGGGGGAUAUUCAAUAGGAGCUUGUGUGAUCCUCCUGUUCUUUAUUGGAUUUUCAGCUACUGCAUCAUACCUGACAACUGCUUGUUCCAAGCUCGAUGGUUUGGAUGUAUCGAAAGAAGGAUCAUCGUUACGAUCAUCUUCAUUACCUGAUACAAAUGCAAAGGUUGCAGUACCGAAACCAACACCACAAUCCCAAGCAUCACCACCCCCUCCACCUGAGACCCAAGCAUCACCGCCCCAGAGCACCACCACUGCGGAUGGGCUCCUCCCACCAGUAUGCACUGAUGAACAAUCCGCAGCAUCGUUACGACAGCUUCCAGUGGCAGGAUGUGCUUUGCAACCGUGGACGCAGUCUUGCUCCUUUACACAAGCUACAACCAAACCGUGUCGAGAUCCCUAUUGGAUGCGAGAAUUUUACGCCACCACCGAACUGAAGACGCAAUUCAAUGCCUUCUUUGUCGGGUAUGUAACCAACGUUGACAUGUAUUCCGAUACUCCCAUAGAUCUUCUUCAUAUUGGAACACACGACCCAAAAUAUGUUCCUCACAAAAUACAGUGGGUCGAACUUUCAGGCUUCCAAAGUACGACUAGCUGCCAGCGUUCUGUAGAAGCAAAGGGAGCCACCAAUAAGGCCAAAGUAGUUUUGGUGUUGCCUCCCAAUCAAAGUGAGGAUGCAAUCAAUCACUACAAAGAAAACUUGGAUAUCUCAGACGAAGCGUUGGAAGCUGUCGCGGACAAUCCAAGGAUAGAUGAUGCCUUUUUUGCUAGCAAGCUACCGACAGCAGAAUCCCAAAUUCAUUACCUGAGGUACUUGGGUCUAUCUCCCGACCGAUACGAAGCAAUGAAACAAAUGACUCGGCUAUCCAGUGUAUGGUAUCUGGAAUUCACGGUGGAUUGGAAGUCUGGCACUACCAGCACUCACCAAAGCGAACUCUUGCAUCAAUUCCUGCCGGAAAAGGGAUUCGUGUGCUACUGGGCUGGUAAUGGCAAUCUUUGGAGGAUUACCAACUGCUGGCAGAAUCAUUAUUCCUCAUCCACAUGGGCAAAUGUGGCUUGUGUCAAUUCGAGAAUACCGGACGCCAAACCCCUGCUGGAAAAGAUGGAGAAGAUCUUUGUGGAAACAUUAGCGAAAGAUAUAACAUUCUAA